AUGGAGGAAAAGGAUGUACCGCGAAGUGCAAGAAGUAUUACAGAGCAGCACAAGAGCAAACUGACGAGGGCAAGGAAAAGCAACUCUGGGCCGCAGCAACGACUGGAAAGUUUACGCGAUGUUGCAGAUAAGGAAAACAUGGAAAUGCCUCGACCGGACUCGGACUUAUGGCGAAGGGCUAAGGGAUAUUUUGAACUGCCGGAGAAUGGAUCAACCGGCCCAGUUGCGACCCUAGAAGACUGGAUGGGCGGCCCCUUCAGGACAGUGGUCCCAGGCUAUAAGCCCUAUAAGACCAAUCUACAGGAUACAUUCCGGAAGCAGGGUUUGCAAGCCAUUGUCAAGAUCGAUAGCAUUCGAGCUCACACCAGAUAG